UUUUUGGGAAUGGUCCCAAAAAUACCCAAAAUAGGCGGAAAAUAAAAAUCUCCACAACCCAAAGCGGCGAACAACAAAUAGAAUCCGUUUUCUUGGAGUAUAUUUCAAUGUUGUUAAUCUUGGGAGUUUAUGCGGUAACUUUGGAAACAGCAAUCCAAGUCCUCUGUGGUUAGGUUUUGAUAUCUAAUCUAGUUAAAUCCAGAAACACGGCCACAGUAAAUCCUUAACAGAUUCUUUCCUUUCUUAGGUUUUCGUCUUUAGUACUAUCUUCUGGAUCAACAAUGGAGAAUGGUUCGGAAUACAUCAGAGAAUCCUUAAUGGAAGAAAAACAACAGCAACAACAACAAGCAUUUGAUAUUGAUAUCGAGUUCGCUUCGUCACCCAACAAGCGUCGAAAAUUGGUAGCUGAAUCACCAAAUUCAAACUCGAAAGGGAAAGAGAAAAUCGAAGAAGAAGAAGAAAGAAUGGAUAGUAAAUCUGAUAAUGUCUGUGGAAUUUGUUUCUCAGAAGAAGAUGGAAAAUCGAUUAAGGGUUCAAUUGAUAGUUGUAAUCACUAUUUUUGCUUUGUAUGUAUAAUGGAAUGGUCUAAAUGUGAAUCUCGUUGCCCUUUAUGCAAACAGAGAUUCAAUACCAUUAUUCGUCCACCUAAAGAUGGAGUUUUUAUGAACGAACGGAUAGUUAAUGUUCCUACUCGUGAUCAGGUUUGGCAUCCUCUUGGUAAUGUGUCAACUGGGCCUUCCGAUCCCUAUGGUCGAACGAAUUGUGCUGAAUGCCAAAGCUCUCUGGAUGAAAAUCUCUUAUUACUUUGUGAUCUCUGUGACUCUGCUGCUCAUACAUAUUGUGUUGGGUUGGGUUCCACAGUACCUGAAGGUAAUUGGUAUUGUCACGAUUGUACUAUUUGUAUGGAUAAUCACUGCAAUAGUCAACUUGAUACCGAUUCUGAUGAUCGAAACUCGGAGGCUGGUGAAAGUGUUACAAUAUCUGAAAUUGUACGAGGACCCUAUCGUACUGUCCAUAAUAGGGACAUUGGUGCAGAUAUUAAAGUGACUGAUCUUGGUGCGAGACGUUUAAUUGACUGCAGGGAUGCGCAAAGCUGUCAAAUCUCACCCACUACUGCCAGAGAAAAGAAAAUCAAUGCUGGAACUAUGGUUACUGACUCUAGUAUGAAGAUAGCAUGUCAUCGCCGUGAUGUUCAGAGUCAUAUUAAAAUCUUUCGUGAAAACUGGGAUGCUUUGAGAAAUGGAUCAUUGCAAUUUUCUUCUACCUCUGGAAGCAGGAAUAGUAAGAUACCUGGCAGUAAAGUAUUUGAUGCCAAGACAAGCCAAUCACAGUCUUCGAGUUGUUCGCAGAAUACCAACAAUAAGAAUGUCGCUGAAAACUUGUCAAACAAAAAAAACCCUUAUGAUACUGAUAAAGCAUGGAAGAUGUUGGAUAUUGCCAAAUCGGUUCAACAGGCACGUGAAGGUAAAACUACUCAUUGUGUUUCUAAGCAUCAAUUAGGUAAGAGAAACACGCAGGCAGAUGCAACUGUUACUAACUUAAAUAGUUCUAGAUUAGAAGUCCAAUCUCCCCAACAAAAGGAUCUUAAAGGAUUUGCAUCCGAUAAAAACAUUAGGUGUGAGGAAAUAAUAGCUUGUACAAACUCUAAAUCUCCAAUUUUUGAGAAAGAAAAGCCGUUCAAGCAUGCAAUCGAAGAAACUUUGAAAAGGCAGAAUGGGGGUCCAAGUACUAUUCAUGCAUCAAAAUAUUGUGGAUUGGCAUUUCCUAAACAAGUCCAGAUGUUUGACCAAUUAGACACUCUUCAUAAAAAGGGAAAAAAAAAUCCUACACAGGUCAACCAAGAGUCCUACUUGAACGGUAUUAAUAAACGGGCUAGGGUUGAUGCUGUAGUUUCUCACGACAAGUCAUCCCAUGGAAUUUCUAAGUUACUUAUUAGCAGAUCAGAUGGUGGUGCACAUUCUAGCUGCAAGGCAGAGCCUCUAAAGGAAAACUGCGUGUUGGGUAAAACUUCUUCCAGUGCUACGCCAAGCGCGGAUUGUGCCAAGAGUGAAAUCCAGUCUUUGGUUAAACUGAAUUUGAAGCAAUUGAGUAAAGGCAAAAAAUUAGGUUUUAAUGAAUUCAAGAAAAUUGCUAAGGUGUCAACUCAUACUGUCUUGGCAGCAUGUGGAUUAGAACAUUCAAAGUCAAGUGUCCGUCAACCCUAUCCUCAUCUGGCAUGCAGCCAUACUGUUACUCGAAGCCGUCAACAACAGCUUCAUAUGUUGGAUCUAAUGCACAGUUCUUGCACAGACUGCUUUCAUGGUUUUGUAAAAGAUGUAGUUAACUCCAUCUUGACUGAGAAAGUUGCUUCGUUUACUUAAACUCGGGAUUCUUGUUAGUCCUGCCUUACUUGUUCAGUGUCCUGGUUUACAAGCAUGUAAAUAGCAUUUUGGCUUUCAAUCAAAGUUUUUUUAUGUUGUUCA